AGUGCUUCAAAUUUGAUUUGACUGACAACUCCCCUUUUUAAUUUUGACCCUUCGUACGUGGUCCAUUUUCAGCCCGUGAGGAGCAUACCGCGAGAAGCAGAUGAACGUCCAACGCCCCAUCUUGUGGAGGUCGGCCGCUGACUGGCAGUGGCGGCUGGGAAAGCUAGCCCGCGGUGGAAGGUCGGCAGAGCUUCGGGACAUACCUCCCCAAAAACUCCAAGCUACCAUUAAUGGCGGAAAUCAGAGAGCUCUGAGAUGGCAGGUACCUCAAGUCGCGUCGGCAGAGCGGUGGGGGUUCCCACGACAUCGGACCAGAUGGAUGAGUGGUCAUGGUUGGCCAGUGGAACCAGAUGCUAGUCACGAGCGGCUCCGUUGCAGGCGGUGCCUUACCAGAACUUGGGAUGACGCGACCUAGAGCACUGCAGCGAGCUUCGUCUGGUGCAGGUAAGCCCACCGGAGUUUCCAUAGCGGCGGGGAUGGUGACGGCGGCUCCGGCGACCCAAACAAGAUCUGGAAAAAAUCCAGAUUUGGACAUUCACACUUCGUACCUUCCUUGCUUUCUUCUCUCCUGGGUGCCGCAGCAAGCUUCAUCCGGUGCGUGUAAACUCACCCAAGGCUCCAUGGCGACAGGGACGGUGUCGGCGGCUCCGGCGACCCAAACAAGAUCUGGAAAAAAUCUAGAUUUCAACUUCCCGAUUCCAUAGCUUCUCCUCUUUACAGAAUCAUUUUUUUUUCUCCUCUCGUUCGAAUCAGUAGCUUUUCGCAUCAAUUUUUUUUUGUAGAAUCAAGAACACAUGAAAUCUUUUUGAAUAAGAUUCCCACAGACGGCGCCAGUGUUGAGGUUAAUUCGCCGUAGCCCGGAAGUUCAACACCUCUUCCGGGAGGGUUUCAUGGUUAUGGGGUGAUAAUAAAAUAUAAACAAUGAUUUUUACGUGGAAACCCGGAAAGGGAAAAAACCACGGGACUGUUUAGGCUAAUGUCCAAGCCCGCUCCUUUUAUUAAUACUCUCCUCCCCAUUUCAUAAUACAAUAUUGAAGCUCCAUUAAUGGAGUAUAAAGCUAGCCAGGGAGAAGGGGGUAAGAAAGAGAGAUCCUUAAUAAGGAGGGGAAUCCUCCUAUUUAUGGAGGAAAGGGGGAGGGGUGCUCCGCCCUAACGGGUCGAGUGGGCCGAAACGGGCCUCUUGGGCCUAGGUGGGCCGAAUGGGUAGAAAUGGGCCCAAAGGCUGAAACAGACUUGAAAGGCUAAAAUGGGUCUUACUGAUUGGGCUCCGUGCUACGUAAAGUCUUGGGCUCCUGAACAGUAUUAGACCGGGAUGAUAUAUCCCAACACCCGGAAAUGGGCUUGGACUCAUCUGAAGCUCCCCAAGAAAAUGAGGGACCCCGAGGAGGAGAGAAAGCUUCCUCCCUCUGAGAGGUAGGCCCCGGUGCUCAGUUCUUCCAUCGGCGAAUCUGAUUGGUCCGAUGAUGACGUGCUGGCGGAUACCGCUGUCUCCAGAGCCGAAGCUAGCUUGGAUGCCGCAGCCGAGGAAGGUGGUGGGGGUGUCGUCGAGCAAGACGUUGUGGAACAGGCUGCUGCGGAGGCCAAUCAGAGGAGUUGAUCGGCUGGCUCUUCUUUUGUUUUGUAUUUGUAAUUAGGUAUUCUCCUUUGUAAAGGUCGUCGUGCACACCUUCUCUAAUGGAUUCAAAUGAAUAGAAAUAGUCGUUGCUUCCGGCUUUUGUGUUAUCUUCAUCUUGUGUCAUUCUCCCACC